GUCAAAUACAUUUUCCAUUGAUUUUCCAUUCAGGAAAAUGCUACCCUUUGUAACGUUAAUAAUAUUUGAACAAUUUCUUCAAAUUCAUAAAUAAAUUUGGGCGUUUCUUUAUUCUGUGGCCUCUCGGUAGCGAUAAAUUGUUAAAAGUGCUACGAAAAGCAUUAGUUGCAGUCAGGAAAAGCAGAUUUUCCACCUGACCUAGUGAUUUCCACGAAAUACAGCAACAACACCAGUCAUAACAAAUGUGGGAAAAAUCGAUUCCCCUUUUGGGGAUCUUUGCCAGUUUCAUUCUGCAUUCCACAUCCGCUACAUAUCUAACGGACGAUGUCUACGUGUCGGAGCUGUUCUCGCUUCGGGUGGAGCCACGCAUGUUCAACUGGACCUUCCAAGGUCUGACCGAGCAAUUCCAGUAUCGGCCCUCGCUCGAAGGCUAUCCGGAUCUUCCUUCCUGGGUACGGUACAUGUACAGCGGAGAGUACCACUCGGGUUUCCUCUACGGGACUCCCCCGGAACGGACCGCGGACACUAAGGUUCCCAUCGAGAUCAUCGCACUGAAUAAGCAAACGUACGAAACGAAGCGAAUCGUGCUGAUACUGUCAGUGCACCGGAAGCCCCCGCCGCGGAACGUGAUUCAGAUGAAGAUCGACAACUUGAACUGGGUGCACAUGAUGGAUCCGGGUAGGAUUGAGAAUUUGAAGAACAUUUUCCGGAACGAUCUGUGGCAGGAGAGCAGACAGGAUUUGCACAUUAUUUUCAUGGAUUCGGCGGUCAAGUUGGGAGCAAGAUUGCCUCUGCGGCCCCAACAACGGGAGGGGGUGGUGGUGCAUUUGGGUAGCAGGGCAGAUUUUUCCAGCAGGUUGUUGGAGCUGCAGGAGGAAGUUAAGCCACUGUACAAAAUUGCUUCGUGCAACUACAAGAGGACAUCUGUGCAGACUACAUUCGAGAACUCAGGAUUCAAACUGGAUUGGUGCGCUUUUAAAUUGCACGCAGCGGAUGACGACAUAACCGCGAUGCCACAUCAUCCUCACGAAAGCCACAAGCCGGCCAAGGGGUCCGAGCUAAGCACGUUGCGCCGGUCCGACAAGUGGGAUGCCCCGAUGAAAUCCGAAGUACCAGAGCGGAACUACAGUGACGAGUUUGCCGUUUCGUUUGCUAUUCCUGGGAUGAUUUUCGCUGUUCUGUUAUCUGUACUGACGGUGAUCCUUUGCUUCCAACACGAGAAGUUGCGUGAUGACGAUUCAGAAUAUUAUUUCAAUUUUCUCUUUAAUAUUUGUACAGAAUUCUUCAGAUUGAAAAAAUCUUACAGACAUGAAUACCGACCAGCUCAACCCGUUCAAAUGGUUCAGUACUCUCAGCCUGUCCAAUCGACUGGAACGCUCAAGAGUUUGAAAGACGCCCCCGCACAAGACGAAAACCCCAGUCUUCGAUCGGCGAGCCCGUCUGACAGUUACUACCGAGAUGGCAGCCCUCGGAUCGGAAAUUCCUAUCUUCGUCCGAAACCGCCACCGUACAAACCGACGGGUGGGUCGAACAGUUCCACUAUGCAGCGAAAGGCCCCAAUCGGGGUGGACAUAUGACCGGUGGAGCCACGUGUUUUGUUCUGUUAAAAUGAUAAUAGGGAGUCGAGUACACAUACAUUCGUAUGGAUCAGUAGACCACGAUUUGACGAUUUAGCAAAUUAAAAAAAAAAAUUCUACCAUAUUCUUUGAAUAGCGGAAAGUAGACACAAUCAAUUAAAUUGAAUGGAAAAGCGUGAAUACAAAAUAAUACCCCUAAUUAAAGCGCAGAUUUCAACAUAUCUCUGUAAUUGGUAACACAAAUAAAAUAUCGAAUAAACAUAUUUCAAUAAAGUUAUACAGUCUAAGCAAAAUAAAUUGCCGAGAAUCUAACAGCUGAUAUCUCGGUGAAAGUUCGAAUUAUCGAUUGGUCGUUAGUGCAUUGUCGAUCAAUUCGGUAAAGGGAUUUGCCGAAUUCAGUGAAUAAUUCUUUUAUUAUUUUCAGAAGAAUCAAAACAAAAAUAAAAAGCGUUAAUCAAUACGAAAGUAGAUUUUAUUUUUGGUCAUUUUUGUGUGAAAAACGAUAUGAAAAUGCUAAA